GUACAUUCCUAACCAAACCUGACUAUAGCUCAUAUGGUUUAUCAUUGAAAACGUGCCUUAGUAAAGUUUUGAAGAACGUCCUCAUAGUAAUGUAUUAUUUUUGAAAAGCUUGUAAAUAAUUGUAUUACAGUUACAUUACGAAGAAAUUUUUAAAUAUAAAUUUGAAUUUUAAUAUAUUUUGCAGUUUAUUCUAUCUAUCUCAUUAUAUAUAUAUAUAUAAUCAAACAUACAUAACAAAGUACUUGAUAAUAUAAGAUAAGUAAGUAUAUAUACUUUAAAUGUUUCGAAUACAUGUGCAAUGGCAGAAAAAUUUCGGUUGCUAUUGAGAAAUUUAUCCAACCAAGUAAUUAAAUACCAAUUGUUUAAUAAUGCAAAAGCAACAGUCAAUAAUGCCACAGUAAAAGCACAUGAAAGACUGAAUAAUAUACAAAAUGUUGUUGCUACAAAAUAUGAUGUUAUUACAAAGCAAGUGAAUGAUAAUAUAACAUUAAUUCAAAAUUUAAAUGCAAGUAAAAUAGAACCAACUCCAUUACCCAAAAAAUUUGUGAAAUGGUGGCAAUGGUAUCAACAGUUAACAGGUUUGGAUGCAGUUGAAAUGGCCAAACACCAAGUAAUUUUUGCUCAAGAUAAAUUAUUUAAAUGUCAAGAUGAAAGGAGAAACCUUAAUCGACAAGCAACAAUGAUAAAUGAGAAAUUGAAGGAAGUGUACUCAGAACUUAUACAAACUAGAAGGGAUGACCCAAAAUAUGUACAGUUAACAAUACUAGAAAAUAAAAGUCUUCAAGAUCAAGGAAGAAUUACAUCAGAGCUUAAUUUGUUAGAGAAAGAAGAAAAAGAUCAUUUUACAAUGUUAACAACAGCCAUUAAAGAAUAUCAUGAUAGUCAAACAAUGUAUGCUCAGAAAUACAAAUACUUGUCUAUUGUUGCAUCUGCUAUACUAGCAAUUAUGUCAUUGAUUGGUUCAAUGAUAUACAAUAAUAAAAGAAUUGCAAAUAUCCGAGAUGUUAUUGGCAAAGGACAAGAGAAAAAUGAGAGCAUAUUACAAAGUACUCUUCACUCUUUAGAAGAUAGCGUAAAUAGAAAAUUCAGUGAGAUACUGCUCAGAUUAAACAAUAAUAAUGAUAAAUCAGUUGCAACUCCAAUUAGCCAUAACUUAGAUACAAAAGUAGUAAAUGAUUACAAAAAUAUUUAUAUUAUAAUAGGCUUAUCUGCUAUUACUCUAUAUGUAAUAAAGAUAUGGACGGGUUAAGAUUUUAAUAACCAAGUUGAUGCAUAGUAAUGGGUUUUUAUGAAGUGAUUUGUAGCUAUUUUAUUAGUUGUGAUUUUUUCAUUGAACACUGAAUUACAAAAACGCAUAUAACAAAAAAUUUAUAAUUUAAUUGCAUUUAUUAUAUAUAAUCACUAAUGUGUAGUAAUAAAAAAAUAUGUAAUAAUUUAGCGCUUUGUAUAAGAAACAAAAAUUAUAUUCCGUCAGGAAAAUAUGUCAAUGUAUUCAGUAAACUAAACAAAAUACAACAUGAUUCUUAGCUAGUGAUAAUCACUUAACUAAUUAAUUCUGUGAUAUACAGAACAUCUGCUGAGUAGAUAAUAUUAUAAGUUAUAUUU